AUGAACGGCGAGCGGCUUCCGCUGGAUUGGACAGGCAAGCUACGCUUGUCGUUACACCAUCCGAACUCAUACUCUCUGCUUGACGUAGCAGCCUUGGUAUCCACGACCCCAAUCGACUUGAGUAACCAUCUCUUCGCCCCCGACUUCAUCUCGUUAUCCUUCUACAAGAUCUUUGGGUUCCCUGAUCUCGGUGCUCUGAUUGUCCGGAAGGCGGCUGGCCAUGUGUUCGAUCACCGGAAGUACUUCGGCGGCGGCACGACAGAGAUGACAACCUGCCUUGGAGAAUCAUGGGUAGCCCGCAAGGACUCUAGCCUCCACGCACGGUUAGAGGACGGGACGAUCGCUUUCCGGAAUAUUCUUGCUCUGAAGUGUGCUAUAACGACUCAUCGCGCGUUGUUCGGCGGGCUUGAACAAGUCUCGACACACGCUAGGUGGCUUUCUAGCAUCCUUCACGAUCGUUUGACGAGCAUGAUGCACUACAAUGGUGCACCAGUAUGCCAAGUAUACAAGUCGAUAGACUCUGACUAUCAAAAUUCGCAAAGACAAGGGCCGACAAUAGCUUUCAACAUACAGAGAAGCAAUGGCGCAUACAUCGGCCCGUGGCACGUUGGAGCGUUCCUCAGGGCGAGUAGGAUCCACGUUCGCACGGGCAACGUGUGCAAUCCUGCAGGUAUGGCAUGUGCGCUGGGUGUAGAGGCUGGAUGGAUACGGGGUGCGUUCGACGCAGGUCUUCGAUGCAAUACAGAGGCCGAUGUUGUGGACGGAGUGCCUUUUGGGAUAGUCAGGGUGACCCUGGGGGCCAUGAGUACCUUGGAAGAUGUUGAAACGCUCGUGAGCUGUCUUUCGCGGAACGUCGUAGAACAACAGGGGCUCCUUCAAGAGACUGCGCAGGUUCGUGAUAAGAGCAAGGAGUGGGUAGAAGAGUCUAGAAGUCCCUCCGCUGUCUCGGAGAUGACUACGACCCGGAUAGACCCCUCCUCCCUAGGUCAUGGGGAGCAUGCGACCACAUUGAAGAACCCGAGGAGCUUGAUUUCGUGGCUGAGGAGGAGGAAAAGGUUGUAUCCGCGCUUUCAUGGGAGAAGGCACAUUGGUUGA